AUGGUUCCUCGCAAAGAAGGCUUGGAUAGCAUUCAUUCUCUCUCUCCACGCAGUGGGAUUGUUUCUCAGAGGAAACUCUCCAAGUCCUUACUCAAACAUGGCAACACAGCAGGAAAGUCAUCUAUAACAGUGAUCGCUGAGGAGUUGUCUGGCAAUGAUGACUACGUUGAACUUUCAUUCAGUGCACGGAAAUUGGAUGACAAGGAUUUUUUCAGCAAAUCUGAUCCUUUCCUGGAGAUUUUUCGUGUGAAUGAUGAUGCAACCCAGCAACUUGUUCAUAGGACUGAGGUUGUGAUGAAUAACUUAAAUCCAGCGUGGAAGACCUUUAAAGUGUCCGUAAAUUCUCUGUGCAGUGGAGACCAGGACCGCAGGCUAAAGUGCAUAGUAUGGGACUGGGAUUCCAAUGGAAAGCAUGACUUCAUUGGAGAAUUCACCUCCACUUUCAAGGAAAUGCGAGGAGCUAUGGAAGGAAGACAGGUCCAAUGGGAAUGUAUUAACCCCAAGUACAAAGUGAAGAAGAAGAAUUACAAGAACUCAGGCAUUGUCAUCCUUAACCAGUGCAAGAUCCACAAGAUGCAUUCUUUCUUAGACUAUAUCAUGGGAGGCUGCCAAAUACAGUUUACAGUAGCUAUAGAUUUCACUGCAUCAAAUGGUGAUCCCAGGAACAGCUGCUCCCUGCACUACAUCCACCCCUAUCAACCCAACGAGUAUUUGAAAGCACUGGUAGCUGUUGGGGAGAUUUGCCAAGACUAUGACAGUGACAAAAUGUUCCCAGCCUUCGGAUUUGGAGCAAGAAUACCCCCAGAAUACAAAGUCUCUCAUGACUUUGCAAUCAAUUUCAACGAAGACAACCCAGAAUGUGCAGGAAUACAAGGUGUUGUGGAGGCUUAUCAGAGCUGCCUCCCCAAGCUGCAGCUGUAUGGGCCAACAAACAUUGCUCCCAUCAUCCAGAAAGUGGCAAAAUCAGCAUCAGAGGAGACCAACACCAAGGAGGCCUCGCAAUACUUCAUCUUGCUGAUUCUGACGGAUGGCGUCAUCACAGACAUGGCCGACACCAGAGAGGCCAUUGUCCAUGCCUCCCACCUGCCCAUGUCAGUCAUCAUCGUGGGGGUGGGGAACGCUGAUUUUAGUGACAUGCAGAUGCUGGAUGGUGAUGAUGGGAUCUUGAGGUCUCCCAAGGGCGAGCCUGUGCUUCGAGACAUUGUCCAGUUUGUGCCAUUUAGGAACUUCAAACAUGCAUCCCCAGCUGCUCUCGCAAAAAGCGUUUUGGCUGAAGUUCCAAACCAAGUCGUGGACUAUUACAAUGGCAAAGGGAUAAAACCAAAAUGUAUGUCAGAGUACGAGUCUUCCAGGACACUAGCUCCAUGAACCUGCCUGCACUCUUUUACAAAAUUAAAAAAGAAAAAUGCUACUGUCUACGACUCCUGUACUUAAAAAUGAAACAAAACAGAAAAAAUAGCACGUUUUGGUGAUUUUUAACUUAACAAUUUUUUUUUUCUUUUUUGCAUGUGUAGCCUAAAGGCUUAAAUCUGUUAAACGGUUGUAUUGUUGAAAACUUUUUAUGA